AUGCAAAGUGGGUGGCCUCACAAUUCAAUUUUGCCCAGCCUCAAAUCACCAAGCCUUGCCAAAUUGGCCCAACCUCAAAUGGCCCAGCUAAGUGAAAAUUCACAAAAGCCUAGCUCACAGUCGCAAUCAAGGAGGCCUAACUCUAAGGCAAGCCCAGCUACGGAGGAUGCCAAAAGCCUAUGCCCUUGUCGAUUAUCCAAGGCCAAACUGCUCGAGGCACCCGCUAGCCAAAUCUGCCCAAGCAGCCCAGCUGCAAGGACCCAGAGAUCAGCGCUUCAGCCCCAUAACUCUCAAGGAGCCUAG